UGCCUGGGCGGGGAGGGUUUGCGCCGCUGCCCCGGGGGGGUUCGGAGUGUCCCCUCGGCGCGGGUGAGGUGGCGGAGCUCUGGGCCGGGCUGUCCCCAGGCGCCGGCGGGGCACGAAGGCUCCGGGCGGGCUCCGGGGCGCCUCGGCCGGUUUCUACAAGGGGAUCCUUCAGGAAUCGUGCUGCGGAUGCGACCACAAUGCCUGUUGCUUCUGCUUUCUGAACACUUUGCUAUUGCUGGGAGAGUUAAGGACUCCAUGCCGUUGAGAGGACUUUAAAUAGACGCGGCUCCUUAGAAACUUUAAAGGUCUGAAGAAAUCACAGAUGAUGGCUUCUGAUGCUAGUCAUAUGCUGGAAGCAGCUUUGGAGCAGAUGGAUGACAUCAUUGCAGGUACAAAGUCAGCUACAGAGUAUGCUAAUGGUGCUUAUGAUAUUGUGUCACCUGCUCCAUCAGUAUACUUGGGCACAUUUCAAAUUUUGCAUCUCCUGGAAGAUCUAAAGAUGGCAUUGGAAAUGCUAGAGGAUCCUCAAGAGAAAGAAGCAUUGCGAAAUCAAAUUCCGGGGGCCACAGCAGUGUGUCUACGGGAGUGGUUUGAAGAGAAUCUGUCACAGGUGAAUCAUCAUUCAUCUAAUAAUGAAACUUAUCAAGAAAGAUUGGCACGAUUAGAAGGUGAUAAAGAGUCGCUCAUACUGCAGGUGAGUGUUCUUACAGACCAGGUGGAAGCUCAAGGAGAGAAAAUCCGGGACUUGGAAAUCUGUCUGGAGGGGCAUCAGUUGAAACUGAAUGCUACAGAAGAAAUGCUUCAACAGGAGUUGCUAAGUCGAACAUCACUAGAGACUCAGAAAUUAGAUCUAAUGGCUGAAGUUUCAGACCUGAAGAUUAAGCUGGUCGGUAUGGAAAAGGAACAGAGUGAAUAUGAAGAGAAACAGAACAAAGCUGAGGGUUUGCUACAGGAACUUAGACACCUCAAAAUUAAAGUGGAAGAACUGGAAAAUGAAAGAAAUCAAUACGAGUGGAAAUUAAAAGCAACUAAAGCUGAGAUAGCCCAGCUUCAAGAGCAAUUAGCUCUCAAAGAUGCAGAAAUAGAACGCUUACAAAGUCAGCUCGCUAGGACCUCGUCACAUAGUGAAGUGGCAGAAAGAGAGGAAGUUUAUAGGAGAAGGCUAAAAGAAAAACAUCAAGAAGUUCAACGGUUGAAGAUAGGAAUGGAAUCAUUAUUGGCUGCAAAUGAAGAAAAGGACCGUCGAAUAGAGGAGUUAACACUAUUGCUCAGCCAGUACAGGAGAGUCAAAGAGAUAAUGAUUGCAGCUCACGGUCUUGUACGGCAGAACGGAAACUUGUAUUUAACACACAAGAAUAGCGAACAAGAGUCAGGCUCUUCCAUCUCUGGUGGCAGUGAAGAGGAACUUGAGACGACUUUAAGGAAGUGGAAUCUUCUGAGUAAUCCUCAAGGAGAAAUAUUUAAAACAGAGGCCUCUUCAGGAGAACUGUCACCAGCUGUGCUCUCUCCAGUGCCACACAAAGCCAUGGAAAUCAGUGGAAGCAUUCCAGCAUCUUCGAGUCAUUUAACCUCUCCACAAGAAGAAUCUUUGGAUAUCGUAAAUAGGGUACCACAGAAAAAAAAGUCAAGUAGUUUAGAAGACUUGCAGAGUGAAUCCCUGGAAAAGCAUGUAGAAGGAAAACCAGUGCAGCCUGUUGUAGAACAAGAGAGUAAGCCACUUGCGAAAGGCAGCAAGUACCAAACCUUGCCAGGAAAGCUGCCUCGACCCUUACAGAACGGAGAGCAGGGAACGUAUAAUUCGCCAAAUGGGUGUGGAAUGAAUGAGAAUGAGGACAACGGCAUCGCGGGCCUAAAUCGCGUCAGGAGUGUCAGUGCACCAGUGCUAGGAGAAACAGAGAAUGUGGAUGGUACGGUAGUCUCGGAUGACCUUUCACCUCUUUCUUCGGGAACGGAUUCAGGUCCACAAUCUCCAUUGUCUCCAGAAAACAGGAAGAGUCCAAAAGGGAUCAAGAAAAUCUGGGGAAAAAUAAGAAGAACUCAGUCAGGUAACUUCCCCGCAGACGAUCUGGGUUUGGCAGAGUUUCGAAGAGGUGGUCUCCGUGCAACAGCUGGCCCUCGGUUAGCCAGAACAAAGGAAACUAAAGGCCAGAAAAGCGACUACAAUGCUCCGUUUGCUCAGUGGAGCACUGAAAGAGUUUGUAACUGGCUUGAGGACUUUGGUCUUGGUCAGUAUGUCAUUUUUGCGCGGCAGUGGGUGACUUCAGGCCAUACACUGUUAACUGCGACACCUCAGGACAUGGAAAAGGAAAUGGGAAUAAAGCAUCCACUGCACAGGAAGAAAUUAGUUUUGGCCAUAAAAUCAAUAAAUGCAAAACAAGAGGAGAAGUCUGCACAACUCGAUCAUAUCUGGGUGACACGAUGGCUUGAUGAUAUUGGUUUACCUCAGUACAAAGACCAGUUUCAUGAAUCCAGAGUUGAUGGGAGAAUGUUGCAGUAUUUAACUGUGAAUGACCUUCUCUUUCUGAAAGUCACCAGUCAGCUGCAUCAUCUGAGUAUUAAAUGUGCCAUUCACGUGCUGCACGUCAACAGUUUCAACCCCCACUGCCUACGCAGGAGACCAGCUGAGGAGAAUAAUGUUUCGCCUUCUGAAGUAGUUCAGUGGUCCAAUCACAGGGUGAUGGAAUGGCUCAGAUCAGUCGAUCUGGCAGAAUAUGCACCAAACCUUCGAGGAAGCGGAGUGCACGGUGGCCUGAUUAUUCUCGAACCUCGCUUCAAUGGUGACACACUAGCAAUGCUGCUGAAUAUUCCGCCUCAAAAGACCCUGCUGCGACGCCACCUAACAACCAAUUUUAAUGUAUUAAUUGGACCAGAGGCACAACAAGAAAAAAGAGAAAUAACAGAGUCAACAGCAUACACACCUCUGACCACCACUGCCAAAGUUCGGCCAAAGAAACUUGGAUUUUCACAUUUUGGAAACUUAAGAAAAAAGAAGUUUGAUGAAUCAACAGACUACAUUUGUCCUAUGGAUACAAACCCUGCUGCUGCGAAUGGUACUCAGAAAAACUAUGGUGGAUACAAAGGACUUAGUCCAUUCACUGACAGGGAACUGGAUCAGAUGGAACAUUCAGAAGGAACAGUAAUGCAAAUAGGGGCUCUUUCCCAAGGCAUAAGCCAUCUUACGGUAUGUACUAAUUUCACUCUUGUUUUAAAGUCACAAACGUAUUCUGCUAGGAUUUGGGGAAAGUUGGUCAUUGCUGGUGGUAGUUAAGAGUAACUGUGUCACUAGUCUUGUUAAAUACCUCUUUGCAGCAUGGUUGCACAUUCACAGUCCAAAAAAAUCCCCUGUUUUUAAAUUGCACUAGAAAUUAAGUUUCAUUUAGGCCUAUUUUAAGUUUUCGUGAACUCUGCUAUCCCUUUGACCCGAUGACAGAUAUUCAUCCACUUAAAUGAAAACAAUUUUUCAAAGAUUUGGCAAGUAACCACCAUCAAAUGCCUCAGUCACAGCAAAGUCUAGCAAAGAGAUACAGACUUGAAAAUUUACAUGAGCUAAAAGUCCAUGGAAAACAAACAAAAAAAAUCACUGUGUUAAUUCCUGACUCCAUAGCAGCUAAUUUAAAAAAAAGAAGGUUAACUGAAAGGUAUAAUGAAGAAUUACAUAACUUAAUUGAGUCACAUGCCAGACACAAAAUCUGUCAAGAGUUUUCUCAAGCAAAUAGUUUAUUCAAAGCUGCAUUCAAGGAAUUCCUUUUAAUUUUCUGUGGCUCUAACCCCCUCUGUUGUGAAAGUGAUCUCAUUACAGUUGGAUUUCUUUAACUAUAGGCCUCUAACUGACUAUGCUUACUUGUUCACAUCUUGUUUUUUCAGACGAUGUUAAGCCAAGAUGAAAUGCUGAACGACAGCAGGUUUUUAACACCUACCUUUGAAGACUGGAGAUGAUGUUUCAACCCGACCAAGAACACUUAAUACCUCACGCCUGGCCAGAGGGGUGGCCAGGAGAAGCUUGAUGGUGUGGUGCAGAAAAGCUUUACCUCUUUUCUGCCAAUGAGACUUGCCAGAUAGCAUUUAAUGUUGUCAGUGUAGCAACAUAUAACAGGUAACUCUCCUCUGCGCUGUUUUCCAUAUUUUGUAAUGUCAAAUAGGUGUUGAGAGACAAGCAGUACUCUCAUAUCCAGUGUCUGGAAAGCCAAGACUGGCAACAAAUUUUACCCUUUUAUUCAGUCGUCUUUUUCAUGGUAUGUUCAUGUACUGUUAUAUGAAAGAUAUUUUGUAAUUUUUUAUUUUUUAUAAUUAACUAGUAAUGCAGGAAGCAUUAAUAUUCUGUAGUACCAUGUGGACUAAUCAGAGCCUCCUAGAAAUGCAGAUGGAUGCUGCGGUGGUAAUAGCUCGCUCGCUACUGCUGCAGUCUUGCCAGAGACUGUUUCCUGUAAAAGGAUUUUAAUCUCUCAUCCCUUUCAUUAGCACACGUCCUGCCCUCUUUUUUUCUAAGUGCAGUGUAGAAUGGGAAAAACGGAACAUAAUAGUGUCCGUCAAGCCCUUACUUUUAUCAGGAGGAAGACAAUCGAGAUGACAUGGUCGCAAAUUUUUACCUAACUCAAAAAGGUGCUGAACAACUGCAGCAGGAAAUGUAACUUUGAGACUACCCGAAAAACUGAUGGACUCAAAUGCUGGUGCUUCAUUUAAAGUGAUAUUUUAAUGAUUGCGUGAUUUUUACGUGCGCACCAAGAUACUCGCAAUGAAGGCGCAAUCACAACACUUAACUAGUAGGGUAAGUGCAACAGAAUUUCCAGCAUGAUCCAUUGUUUUGUUUUAAAUGACAGUUCUUUAACUAGAACUAUUGAACAGGCUCUUUCUGUACACUGAUGUUUUGCCUAAAAUGGCUAGUACUGACCCACACGUGCAAGCACCAGGAUGCUCAUAAGCCUUCUAAACAGUCAAAAUGGCUCAAAGUUUUCUGAGCCCUGUACCUGGUUGGUCUGAAACAUAGCACACGCUCUCUGGAAGACAGCCAUGGUAAUAAUUCUUUCCCUAGUUACACCUAGUUAAACAUAUGGCUGCAAACAGCCCUGAGGACUGCAGUAUAGAAACACUUUUGUAACAUUUGCAUGAGAACUGGUGAUGUUGUAAACAAUAUUGCUGUUCACUUUAAGUUCUCCUUUCAUUCUAGCUACAGGUAGAUUUUCACAGAAUACUUUAUUUAGCAACAGGAAACAAACAUUACUGCUCUGAUGUGUAAAAUGUGACUAAGGAGCAUCAGGCAAGUACCAUAAUAAAACACGUUUUUCUUUUUUUAAAACAUCUGACAAAAUAGACCUGUUGCUAUUCUACUGAGCUAGGCAGCACUGUAACAGAGGGAAAUAUGGACUCUUACUACUUUGUUGAGGGGCUUUUUAAGGGUAAAAGCAGCAAUUACUGUUACCUCUGUUGACAUAUGCCUCUCAUGUUUUAAUAAGGUAAGGUAUUAACAAUAUAUCUUAGUAAAUAGGAAAAUGGCAAGAAAUGGAAAAGAAAUGCUCAAUUGCGAGGAAAAGACUUAGUAUGUAUAUGGAUGGUUUGCAUUACUCUCUCCUUGCUGGCGGCAGGGUGUUGGCUUACAUAUAUUAACAUAGCCUGAGGGCAGGUCAUUCCCAGCCACAACCCUCCCAAACAAAGGAGAGAUCUCAGGUACUGUCCAGAGCACGCAGCAAGGGCUCUUCGAGGGCUAUCAGUGGCACUUUUUAAAGGUGAUCUAUUCUAGUCCUUACUCCAUGAGGGACCCUGCACGACAUGGUCAGAUUUUAGAAGACAAACACAUGAUUUUAAUGUCCAAAAAUGGUAAAACCAAGGCAAUUUUGUUUCAGUCACUGAACAAUGAAAUAAUAAUGGAAAACCCAAAGGAAUGAGAAGUCAAUCUACGCAUCAGCAAACUAAAAAUACUUAAUUAAUUAAAAGGUAUAAAGCAUACCAGUCAAGUACAUCUAUAAUCUGGCAAUGCAAUCAACACUAGUGACCAGGUCCUGUACUAUGGGCAUUUGAAAUAGUUUGUUAGGUUAAUUAGCCAGCAGACUUAUUACAGUACUACAACUAGGAUAAGCUGCUCUAACAGAGGCAGCCUUAAUAUGACUGGGAUAUUCUGAGCAGAUUUUCAGAUUUCUUUUGAUGAUGUAUUUAUAACUCAGUGUGUUGUGCAAACUUGGCUGUGAAUAGUCAAUCUCCAAAAUUACUGAUUUUUUUAAAAAAUAUAUAUAGUAAGAAAUCCUAAUUAGUGUUAUACGGCAUAAAUGCUUAUUUUUUUGACUGUUAUGAAUAAAUUCUGAAUGUUCCUCCAUCUCUUGCUGACUGAGUGAUUCUAACACAAAUAUAUGUGAUUGAUCUCUCAUCAGGGACAUAAUCACAGUCUGAAUCCCCAAGAUAUGUUUGCAUUAUUGCUACAAAUGUAAUUUAAGUACAAAACCCAUGUCAAUUUUUACCUAGUAAAUUCCUUUAGUUUUGCGUUAGUUGAAUAAAAAAUAUUUAGUAAACAUAUUCAUUAGCAUUUGAAGAAACAAGUCUUUUGGCUCAGGGAUUUGUCAGAGCCUAAAACGAAUGUAGUAUAAAGUAAUUCCUGGAAACGAGCAUGCAGUACUUCAGGCACUGAAGACUGAGAAUUAAAUGCUGUGUGGUAACAUCACAGAGAUGAGGCAUUAGCUGAGUUUAAGAUCCACUCAGCAUAGCUUACAAUAGGAAGUAAGAACCCAUGUUUUCUCAUAAGCAAAGGAAAUUUGUGAAACUGCCAAAAGAGCAAGGUCUACGCUUAGAGGAUGACAUUCAGAUGAUGUAACAUCACUGGAUAUUUACAUCUGUAUAUGCAGCCCAGAGCUUCUGUAUACAGUGGGCAGUCAUAGUUUAGCUAAGCUUGUUAGAAGACAGUACGAAGUUAUGUAAUCCUCCCAAAUAAAUUUCACACUAAUGAAAAUAUCUGUUACAGUAAUAAGCAAUUUGCAUGUUACCCAAAUUCUGUUCACUUUUUCAAUAGCAUACUUAGACUUCUUAGUCCCUGGUAAAGGGCUGUAAAAUAAAAACCAAAACCACCUAACAAACUGUUCUUUGUAUUCUCCUUCCCCCAGGAUGCACUACAUUAAUUACCUAUAGAGCACAGUCAAAUAAUGCUAGUCCAGUUUUACAGCCCUCUCCCAAAUUCCAUACUUAUGUUAAAAAACAAGUGGUUUCAUCUCUGUCCUACCUCUCCAAUUACACUUAAUUUAUUUUCUCAGAAUUGACAUUUCGUACUAACUUAUGAGGUUAGACUAAGUUACUUCCACACAAUUCAAGAUGAUCUCUCAACAUCUUAGUAUUAAAAUGUGCAAAGGUAAUUACAUUAUACAGUUA